AUGGAUUACACCAAGGUGAAGCUCGCGCUGCUGCAGAGGUUCCGAUAUACCAAAGAAGGUUAUCGUGAGAAAUUUCGUGAUGCGAAACCGGGAGACGGAGAAACUAGACGACAGUUUGCGGCGAGGUUGGCCGGAUAUUUUGAUAGAUGGUUGGAAGUUGCUGAGGUGGAGAAGAGCUUCGUGGCGCUACGAGAGACGAUGCUCAUCGAACAGUUUAUUAAAACAUGUUCCAGCAAGCUAACCGUUUUCUUGAAAGAAAGGGACUGCACGACGCUAGACGAUCUGGCAGGAAAGGCUGACGUAUUUCUAGAGGCGCAAGUUCAACCGAGCAAUGAAAAAGCGAAAGGAGACGAACGUGAGUUUAAUGCCAGCAUGAGGACAUCCGGUAGCGCGCUCAAGGAGGAUGUAAGGAGAACUAUCCGAUGUUUCUUGUGUAACAAGAUAGGGCACAAGACAGAGAACUGCCAGAGUCGAAGCAAAUACUCUAGACCAUCUACGUGUUGGCACUGUGGGAAGCCGGGGCAUAAAGCUGAAAGAUGCAACCUGAGGUCUGGGGAUAAGACCCAAGUUUCUUGCCUAUGGACAGCAUCGGAUGAAAGGCAAGGGGAACCGGACAAUUCCUACAUUACCCUCAAGAAUGGAGGCAGGAUCCCAGUUGUAAAUGCGGCUGUUGGACGAGCACCCAAGUUCUUGGUGGAUAACAUGCCUGUAGUCGAAGGUCGUGUUGGGGAACAGAAGAUAACAGUGCUGCGGGACACUGGCUGUAAUACCGUAGUUGUGAAAAAGAGCCUAGUCCCUGUCGAGUGCUACACUGGCAAAUCGAGCCCUGUAUUUUUGCUUGACCGAACUGUAAAAUACCUACCAGAGGCUGAGAUCUUUGUUGAUACACCUUUCUUCGUUGGAAAAGUUAUCGCAAAAUGUAUUGACAACCCACUGUACGAUUUAGUUCUCGGCAACAUCCCCCAGGCAAGAGAGGCACACGAGCCGGACCCGGCCUGGAAUUGCGACCAACAGAGCAGCACCGAAAUUCCACCGCGGACCGAGCAUCUGGGUUGCGAGGACAUGGAAGAGCAGAGAAUCGAGAAGAACAGAGCUGAUUCAUCACGACACGUCCCAAGUAACCACUCUACAAUGCUACAUGUCAACGUCGCCGGACUUGGACAGGCGAAGAACGGUAGCAAUAGAGGACAGGCACCCUUGAACGUACCACAGGUUCCAAUCCUUGAAACGACAGCAGAGGAGCUCUCGAAGGAGCAGAGGAAUGACCCAUCCCUGAAGAAGUGCUUCGACAACGUAGGAAAAGUGGUAAGGAAACACAAAUGCCGGACAAGAUAUGACAUGGUGAUUCGAAACAACUUGCUUUUUCGAAGCUGCGUGUUCUCCACUGGGAGAAGCAUUGAGCAAUUAGUGCUCCCAACGAGAUACAGGCCAACUGUGUUGUCAAUGGCACACGAUGGCAUCAUGUCUGGACAUCAAGGUGUGAAGAAUACGCUUGCAUUGGCGACAGAAGAGUUCUUCUGGCCUGGAAUUCAGAGCGACAUCAAGCGGUAUGUUCGCUCAUGCGACGUCUGCCAACGAACAGUGCCAAAAGGAAGAGUGGGCAAAGCACCUCUGGGGACCAUGCCUACAAUCGAUACACCAUUCAAGCGAGUGGCAGUCGACAUCAUCGGGCCAAUUAGACCAACAGCAAGUUCGGGCAACCGAUAUAUUUUGACGAUGGUGGACAUGGCCACAAGGUACCCGGACGCUGUCCCCUUGAGGAACAUUGGGACAGAGCAAGUGGCAGAAGCGCUCUUAGAGAUGUUUGCCAGGUACGGCAUUCCAUCAGAGGUCCUUAGCGAUCGAGGCUCCUGCUUCACCUCAGAUCUCAUGAAGGAGGUGAGCAAACUUCUUUCGGUGAAGCGUCUACUGACCACCCCUUACCACCCGAUGGCGAACGGACUGGUUGAGAGAUUUAACGGAACCAUCAAACAGAUGAUGAAACGAAUGUGUCAGGAAAGGCCCAAAGACUGGGAUAGGUACCUUCCGGCAUUGCUGUUUGCCUACAGAGAAGUCCCGCAAGCAAGCCUGAAGUUCUCACCUUUUGAAUUGCUCUAUGGGAGGAAGGUGCGAGGACCUUUGGCCAUCCUCAAGGAGAUAUGGUCCAACGAGUCUCUCAAAGCUGACCUCAAGACGACCUACACCCAUGUCCUAGAAAUGAGAAAUAAACUGGAAGGGACAUGCGAGUUGGCUCACCAUUGUUUGGAAGAAGCCAAGGGCAAGUACAAAAAAUACUACGACAAGAAGACCGUCACCCGCCAACUGAGACCAGGGGACUUGGUUCUCAUCCUGCUUCCAAGCGAUCAUAAUAAACUGAUCAUGCAAUGGAAGGGACCCUUUGAAGUCUCAAGUAGGAGAAAUGAAGUCGACUACGAGCUUGAUGUAGGCGGAAGAAAGAAAGUAUUCCACGUGAAUAUGUUAAAGAAAUAUGAAGAAAGGCUGGAGUACGGGAUGAAUCGGCCAAGUUGCGGCGCGGCGACAAAAGACUUCAGCGAGAAGACUCUCUCCGAAAGAAACACUACAGAACAGUCUUGGCAAGAUGUCGUCGUCAACGAGGACUUGCAGGACAAGGAAAAGGACGAGGUGUGGAGAUUAAUUGGACAAUACCAGUCGGUGGUUUCAGAUCGACCCGGCCAGACCAACUUGGUAACGUGUGACUUAAAACUGACCACUGAGGAACCAGUCCGGGUGAGACAAUAUGCGCUGCCCUUUGCGGUCUAA